AUAGUUUAAGCAUAAAAACUGACAAAACAUUGUUACCGAGUUUAUUACUAGUGUUUAAGAGCCAAGUAUCGUUUGCCAUUUGAAACGAAAUCAAUAAAAAUGGUGCACAUUAAAAAUCACGGUUUUAAAUUCGUGUUUUUCCUAUUUUGCUUGUCGCAGGUGCAAGCAGGCACAAAACUUCUUCCUGAAAAAUCAGACAAUCCAUUUGAUGAAUUAUUCAAAGAGAUCUCCAAGUCGGCUUAUAAGAUCACCGAGAAGAUCCGAUCUAGAUUAAACGAAGCUGAUGUCCAUGUCGAUCAAUACAUUGAUAAUUUAAAAGAAAAUGUUGAAAACACCAAUGUCCAUUUUCAAGAAAUUCUUCAAAAGGUUGAAGAAAAUGUAGAAAAAUUCCAUAAGCAGAUUUGUGAUGCCGUUCAGCGUCAAAUCGAGCAUUUGAGCGAAGAAUUAAAAGCAAAGGAUCCGGAAAUCGGCGAGAAAGUUAAGAAAUUAAAAGCAGAAUUAGCUGAAUUAAAAGAAGACCUUUUAAAAUUAUACGAAGAAAUCAAGAAACCAUUUUUGGAACGUUUCCAUGAGUUGAAGGAUGAAAUCAGAACCAAAACCAAACCAAUCGUCAAACGUUGGACACCAAUUGUCAAAGACAUAGAAGAGAUUAUUUUGGCUCUGAUCCCUGAAAAGAGUAAGAAGGAAAUCAAGAAAAACUAAUAAAUAAGACUUAUUAACUUAUACACUUCAACAUUUUAUUCGUUACGCAUUUUCUGUCAAUAAUGUUUUGAAAUCUUAAAUUGUUGUAAAAAGUAAAACUUGUUAUAUAAAUUA